AUGAUUACUUACUUCUGUAUGGUACUAUGGUUCCUCUGUGUUAAGACCUUGGCAAACUCUCUGACUCUAUCUAUCGGACUACCUCUAUCUAGUAUUCGGAAAUGGCGCUUAUUUACACGUCUUAAGCAAUUCAGUGCUGGACGCGUGACUGCCUCCUAUGGAUCGAUCAAUUUACUUUCCA